GCAACAACACGUCAACUUCAACUCGCGCUCAUCGCAGCUGCGGCCCAACAUGUUGCCUGUAAGAAGGUCCAAAAUGUCAAAAAGGAUGGUACAAAAUCUCGCAGAAAACAUUUGCAAGCAAGUGGCCCACUUCAAUAAAAGAGAAGUGGAGUGCCUGAUCAGAGAGUUUUAUUUGAUAUUGGAGGAGCCGACCAGUCCAGCAAGGUCAGUAAGAGGCUUGGACAGAUGGAAGUUUAGACGUUUUCUGCAUCACACAUUUGGACUCACCGACGACACCAUCAUGGAUGGAGUGUUCCGGACGUUUGACAAGGACAAUGAUGGUUUUGUGAGCAUGAAAGAGUGGAUUGAGGGAUUGUCAGUGGUUCUCCGUGGCACCUUGGAUGAAAAAAUAAAAUACUGCUUUCAUGUGUACGACUUGAACGCUGACAAGUACAUCACCAGGGAGGAGAUGUUACAAAUACUGAGGUACAGCCUCCGACUCCCUGGAGAAGAGGACCCUUAUGAUGGAAUCAAAGAUCUCGUGGAGAUUACGCUGAAGAGGAUGGAUCACGACCACGAUGACCGGCUGUCUUUGGACGACUUUGCGAAGUCAGUGAAAGAGGUGAAUCACGUGCUAGAGGCUUUUGGGACGUGCCUUCCCAACACCACUAGGAUUGAGACCUUUGAGCAGCGUGUGUUUCAGAGACAAGUAGAUUGAUGAGGUUGUCAAAAACUACAGUAUUCAAAUACUUUGCAGUUUUUAAAUGUGGUAAAACAAGCCUCCCUGAAAAAACACAACACAGGCAUAGGGAAAAAACACAAAAUAUGUAUUGUAAUGUAAAAAAAAGAAAAAAAAAAAAAAGAAAAACAUUUUAGAACAUUUUAAUAACAUUCCCGAUAAAAACAUCAAUAAAGUGUUGCGAUCAAAUGCGCCGACGUGGUUUCAUCUUUUUCCCCACUGGUUUGAAGUCAGGAACAGAUUCCACCUAAAUAAGUUUAACAAACAAACAAAAAAACUUAAUUAAUUCCGGGAAAAUGCAUUGAUCACAAAUAAAUUAAAUCAUAACAGUGAUGGGCAUAUCACCACAGCUGGAUUUCCAAUGUUUAUUUGAAGUUACCCAAUUCCACUUGUUUAAUUAACACUAAACUACUGUAGUUUUUGCACUUUAAGGCGCACCCUUCAAAUUUGGCACGAAAUCAGCAUUUAUUCAUAGAUAAGCCACACUGGACGAUAAGCCACAGCUGUCCUCACUAUAUUAUGGGGUUUUUACACCAAAAGAUAUUAACUGGUCACACUUUGUUUGACAGCGGCAUCAUACAACUGUCAUAGAACCAAAUGAACCACCAUGAAGCUUUUAAGCAAUUGGCUGCAAAGCUUUAUUGAUUCAAGAAGCUGCAUUUGGCCACCACUGCUCCCUUGGGGAGACAGUCAACCUCUGCUACCAACACUGUUGUCAUCCAACAUGCCUCCUGGCAUGCAUAGCAGCACUACAAAUCAGUAGAGAUCACUACUACUACAGAUCACUACAGUUCUGUGCUAAUUAUUUCUUCAGUUACUGUUCCAGUUGUUUCAUUAAUAGCUAGUUAUGGUAUUUUGUAACACUUUGACAGUGUCAUUAGACAAUCAUAAUUAUGACACGACACUAAUGAAUAAAUGAAUGCUUAUAACAGAGGUCAUUUAUUGUUAUCUGGCUAAUUGUCUCACUUUUGAAAUGGAGUUAGUGAUGUAACAUGACGGAUGACACUUAAUGACAUCUGUCAUAAGCAUUCAGUAAUGUCUAUUAUCCAGUAGUGUCAUGUCAUAAUUAUGACGGUCUUAUGACAAUCUUAUGACGCUGCUGUCGGAUGAAGUGUUACCUAACCCAUAUAAAUCAACAAAUAAUUCGCACUGGACUAUAAGCCACAGGAUUCAAAAUGAAGGAAAAAAAGUAGCAUCUUAUAGUCCGAAAAUUACGGUACAUUCGCACAGUAGCUAUUUACUUUACUGGUUUAUAAUGCCCACUUGGCUACAAGGCAAAACAUACAUGCUACCUUUUUCAUUGUGUUCCUGAUGAUGUUGACAGUUGUGUUGAGCGAGUCGUCCUCCAUGUCCACUUUAGGGGCGUCUUCGAGUUUCGGUCCAAUGAGUGGCUCACUUUUUCCGAUGACCUCAGCAGGGCAGUUUGACACAAGCUCUUCCAUCUUGCGUUUUCUGCUCUCUAAUUGUGUUGUCCUCGGUGCGAACGUUCCCGCAGAAGGCUGAUUCGAGGUCAGUGUAACUUGUGCACCUCUAGAUUUAUGUGAGUGUUUUUGCCAAUGACUUGAGUUUGAUGCAGAUGUUUCCUCUGCAUGAACAAUGGCGUUGUGCAACGUUCCCAUUUUGUCCUCUGUUGGUAGGGUCCCCAUGUGGCUUUUGUGUGCGGAGUAGUGAUGUUCCUGAGGAGGUAGUGGCAGUAGAGGAAAGGAUGCAUGAUAGUCCACGUUCCAACACUCUGCUUCGUUGUUAUGAUCACUCAUUUCACAUUGAGUGGGGAUGAUGGUUGGUGUAGGUUCCACUAAGGUAGAAUCUGCUGACGUGAUCUCCUCGUUCACUGCCCCUUCCUGCUCCCUCUCUCGGACUUUUGAACAAAGAAUAAAGAAUUGCAAUUAAAAAUAUAAACAUAAAAUUGCGAAAAUGCAAGACCAAUAGAUUUUUUUUCCCAUUUCUGAACGAAAUUUGUAGUGGAAUAAUAUAAGCAGAUCCUAGGUAAAUUUUGUUUUCGCUAAGGAAAGCAGGCUUUGCUAGGAAUUUUUAGUAAUCUUUUAUUGUAAUGUUACAAGUUUUAUGAAUUUAUUCAAGAGAAAUUGGGACUUCUCUUGAGAUUACAAAUUUAAUCUCGCAAUAUUAUGGUUUUAUUCCCUUUUUAAAAAAAAAUACAUAUAAACUGCCAUAAAGUUAGAAUUUUAUAAUCCUAAAAAUUGCACUUGGAUAUUUUUCCCUUCAACUUUAUUCUUGUCAAAUUCCAGCUUUGAUCUUAAUAAAUGAGUCUCAUAAUUUAGAAAUCCUUUCUUAUAGUAUUAUAAUCUUUUCAUGCAUUGCCAUUUGGCCUUGUAAAAAUUACAUUUCAUCUGUCAUAAUGAAAGAACUAUUACUAAAUGUUUUGUUUUUGCAACUUGAAUAUCUCAUUUAGUAAAUGCACAACUAUUCACAAUCAAGUCAAGUCUCUGAAAGGGAUCCACAGAUAGAAAUUACUGACAUUACUUGAGUAUUCUUUUCACCAGCACUUUUUUACUUGUACUUGAGUAUGACUACUUUUACUUGAGUAACAUUAUUUUGAAGUAACACUACUUUUAGUUGAGUGAAAUCUUUGGCUACUCUAUCCACCUCUGGUGAUAACUUUCAUUCAAUGAGAACAACUGUAUUCUUGUUAAAAAACAGUAAACAAACAAACAAAACAAAAAAAAAGUUUUUAAAAAAUCCAAAUGUCAUUCUAUUGUUUGUUUGUUUUUUUAUCCUGAAAAUUUCCCCAAUACGUUUUUUAGGGGGUGUAAUUUUAUUCGUUUUCAUCAAUAUCUCGCAAUUUUCUUCUCAAGGGUAAAAAAUAUCAUUAGGCUUUAUU